AAGUGUACUGAGAAGCAGGAGUAGUCAGUUCUUUUGAUUUCAGUCUCCAGCUCGCUUUACUGCUCAUCGGUUUCCAAAAUGGAUAGCUCAGGUGGGGCCUACCUAAACGUGGAUGCUAUUUGGUCCAAAGUUGGAUUUGUACGCUUGCUGCAGAUGUUAUUUGGUUGCACAACUUUCAGCCUAGUGCUGCACCGUGCUGGCUUCAGUGCAGCUUAUGGGACAUUCUGCGUCUUUGUCUGGGCCUUCUGCUUUGCCCUCACCAUUCUCAUCGUUACUUGUGAGCUGACGAGGCUUCAGUCCUGCCUGCGCAGCAUUUCCUGGGGUAACUUCACCGCUGCUUAUGCCAUGCUAGCUACCCUCAUGACUCUCACAGCCGCUGUCAUAUACCCUAUGUAUUUCACAUCUUUGAACUGCUCCUCCAGUGACUGCAGUACCAAGUAUUUCCGACUGGCUGUGAGUGUCUGUGCUGCGUUACUGUUUGUGACUUACGCCGUGGAGGUGUUCUUGACCCGGGCCAAACCUGGCCAGCCUUGCAGUUAUAUGGCGACUGCUUCUGGCCUCUUAAAAGUUGUCCAAGCCUUUGUGGCCUGUGUGAUUUUUGGAGCCUUGGCAAGUGAAAGCCAGUACAAGAAAUUUGUGGCCACUCAGUGGUGUGUGGCUGUGUAUAGUUUCUGCUUUGGUGUCACCAUGGUGGUGGUAAUACUGAAUAUCACUGGACGAGCACUGAGCCUACGUUGCCCCUUUGAACGCUUUGUGGUGAUAUACACUGUACUGGCUAUUUUGAUGUACAUAAGUGCUGCAGUCAUUUGGCCAGUAUACUUCUUUGACAGCAAGUAUGGAUCGGCAAAAAGGCCAUCACGCUGCACCUGGGGACAAUGCCCAUGGGACAGUCAGCUGGCAGUGACUAUUUUCACACACAUCAAUUUGAUACUGUACAUUGCAGACCUGAUAUAUACACAGAGGCUACGCAUUGUGGCUCAGCGCUGAUUACAAGGGACAAGUCACUUUAAGGAACCUGGGGACCAGAGUUGUGUUAGCAACACAAUCUGCAAUGGGCAGGAACAGAAAGUGACUGUACACACUCAAUCCAACUAGUCUGUGUUUAAAGGAAAUAUUAUAUAUGUAUAUAUAUAUAUAUAUAUAUAUAUAUAUAUAUAUAUAUAUAUAUAUAUAUAUAUAUAUAUAUAUAUAUAUAUACUCAUUGCUCUUAUUUUUUAACAUUCAAAAAUAUUUAUUUUAAAUGGUUUUUGCAUUUCAUAACAUGAAAUUGAAAAAUGAAAUUCAAUUGCUGUUUUUAUGGACUGACUAGUAACUAUUUUGAAGAUGUUUUUACUGGGCUGACAACAGCUUAACAAAAAGGAUGCCAGGAGCAGAUUUGUAGAACAGAAAAUAAAAAGUAACAAAAAAA